UAUUUUUAAUAUGGUUCUACGGUUCAUUUCCGUUUUCCUUAUGUAUUCAAAAUCCAAUUCCCCUAAAUGUUUUUUUUUAACUCUGCUUGUCAUCGGAGUCAUCCAUCACACAGAAUCUCUCUCUUACCAAAUCCGCCAUUAACAAAGAAGGAGAGAGAAACGUAGUCAGAGAUCGAGCUUCUACUUAUAGUAUAAAAACCCCUAGAUUCCUUCUCUAAAAAAACCCACACCUCGAACUCUCCAACAAUGCUCCCACCUUCCUCUUCCUCUGUUUUCUCGAGAAACCUCGCCACUCUCUUCUUCGUCUAAGAGAACAUCCAUUCUUGUUUGCUUUCUACUCAUUGCUAAGCUAUGGAACUUGGUAAAUCUCGAUUCUACUCUUAUUCUAUAGCUGGAAGUGAUUAUCCAGACGCCAUACCCGAACCUUUCUCUUCCUCUGUUUUCUUGUUUAUAAACUUUUGAAAAUCUUGAAACUUUCAAUCACAACGUUGAGUGCAUCAUCUUCCUUUGCUCCUGCAUCAGCUGCUGCUAUGACCAUGGCUUCUUCACCACUCGUCUCCAGAUUUGCCGCUCAUCGUACUACUCUCAGGUCAUCAACCCCUUCCGCCAAAUGUUUGCUCGAGAGAUCUCUUCUCAAUCCAAUGACUCUGAUAUUUCUAUUGCUAAGGUUCUCUUGUACAUUGCUGCUGAAGACGAAGCCUUCUUGGCUUUUAACCGGGAGAUGGAUGCUCGGUUUUUCAUGAGAGAGAGGGAAACUAUCCAAGACAAGACAGAUUCUGAGGAGGAGCUGGAAACUGAUCCGAGCGAGACAGAUUCCGAGUUAGAUGGAAAGAGUAUAACCGAAUGGCUAAGCGCACUAGACGCAAUCUCCAAACAAGUAGAGGCAGAGUUAGCCUCACGAGGCAUCAACAGCUGCAACUCUGUUCAAGUCCUCGAAGCUGUAAACACAGUCCUCUUCGACACGAGAGGCUUCAAGAGGACAUCAACAUGCUUUGAUGAAGACCCCAAGGAUUCCUACCUUCACUCUGUACUUAACUCUAGAUGCGGCACUGCCUUCUUGUUCAGUGUAAUAUACAUUGAAGUUUGCCAGCGCCUCGGUGUGCCUAUCUUGGGAGCUAAGGUUGGGGAAGAGUUUUUGGUUUGGCCUAAGACUGAGAAUCCUGAAGAACUCUUUGAAGUUGCAACUUCAGGAAAGAGCUUGUUCGCUAUUCUCAAUGGAAAAUGCGUUGAUGAUCCUAAAUCAAUGGCAUCAGAUUUAACCGGAAAGUCACUUCUGUGUCUUGAUGUUGCUACAAACAGAGACAUUAUAGGGAUUGCUCUCGCCAAUUUGUUUAGGGUUCAUUGGAAACGUGCUUCGAAGCCAACACCUGGACAAAUGCUGACUGCUCCUCUUAGUGAACUUAACAACUUCAGGAUUUCUAAUAUUCCAUUGUUGCGGCCUCAAGAUCUUAGGUUGGCUAUUGCGGCUGCAGAAAGGCUGUUGAUGUUGGAACCUAAUAACUGGCGAGUUCGAAGAGACCUUGGGAUGAUGCACUACUACGUCAGGCAAUGUAGAGAGGCGAUUAUAGAGCUGAGCAUAUGUAUAGCCUCCUUUGAGAUUGAGGAAGAAGAAGCAAAAGAGUUGAAGCUUUUUGUUGAGAAACUUCAUCGACUCUUUUCAUUGAUGUCGUCUCCCUUAGACUCUGAUCGCUUGGCCGUUCGUUGAAAACUCUCUAUCUCUCUCUCUCUCUCUACUCCACUUGUAAAUACUCUCUUUCUAUUAGUCUCUGUUGUGUUGUUAGAAAGACCCUUUUGUGGAUGGGAGACAUGGAACUUUUGGUUGUGUGUGACUCUUCCACUUUCUUCCGAUAAUGAAUAAUAAACAGUUGAUUCCCCA